CCAACUGCAUGGAGCCACAAUUCAGAAUUGGGUCCAUGGCAAUUGGUAUGGUUUUUGGGGGGGGAGGGGAGAGAGGGUAGUGGGGAAGUUUGGGCCUGCCUAUGGGUUCAUACUUGCCUUCUUUACAUGACUGACUCCCACUUGUUCUUGAAGACUCAAAUUAAUUUCAGUUCUUUCAAAAAUCUUUAUUCGAAUGUCUGUUUUCCUCCCUAGACCAGACAGUGAACUUCUUCAGGCCAAGGUACUGUCAUUCAUCUGUAACUUCCCUUACUUAUCAUGCUUUCCUAAUACCAGGUACAGAAUAGGUGCUCAAAAGUGUUCACUUGAUAAAUUAUAUCCAGAAUUUUUGCUAGGUGCUUCUGAUAGCCUUGUACCUCUCUUGAAGAGGGAGUAGGGAUAAUUUCAUGUUUUUGGUCUGCUCAGCCAACUCUAAUCUCUGUCCUCAAGACUAGAUUCACUUCUUGUCCUAACCUUUAAAGAACUGGGGCAAGAGAGUAGGGGUAGGAGGAAGGGCGAUGUGUUCUUUAGGCUGAUGUGAAAGGUGGUCUGGGACUGGACCAGAGCCUAAGCCCUUUCAGCUCCGGAGUCACAAAAAGGGCAGGAGUAGUUUCUAUAGCAACGGAGGGAGGGUGUGGUCCUCCACCUGCUAGACUCCACAGAUUAUCAGUCCUAGCUCCCUGCAGCAGCCGGCCUAGCAGGCUGCGCCAGCCCGAUGCAGCUCCUCCCACCUCUUAACUACACCGGAACCAAGACUAAAAUGGACACUAAAAAGCCAAGGAAACCCAGUUUGACAACCUUUCCAAUUUUGACAGCAAGAAAGAAACAAAAUUUCUCUUCUGUGAAGGUUGAGAGUAAACCUUUGGUUCAAGCCCAGAAGCCACCUUCUAAGGUCAAGAACCUCAGAAUGACCCGAUUCUUGCAUAAGAACACAAACACCAGCAUUACUUCACUCCCUUUUGUGGACACCAAGGGGAAGAAGAACAUGGUCAACUUCCCCCGCAUCAGCAAUAAAGUCCUGCUGAAGCCAUCAUUAUUGUAUCAGGAGAAUCAAACUCAUAGCCAGGUAUCAACCUCUGAGCUCAAGCCUUCGGAAGUACUUUCCCAUGCCAGCAUUAAAGCCCAAGAUUCCAAGCCAGAGGAGAAACCACCAAGGAAGCACAAAGUGCCUCUGACACCUGCAGAGGCCCUAAAGCUUUUUAAGCAUCAGCUGUCUCUAUAUGAGCAAAGUGAAAUCCUGGGCUACACAGAGCUAUGGUUCCUGGGGCUUGAAGCUGAGAAGCUCCACUUGACUUCAGAGAAAUUCAGCAAGACAAGUUUUGAUGAUGAACAUGGCUCCUAUAUGAAGGUCCUGCAUGACCACAUUGCCUACCGCUAUGAGGUUCUGGAGAUGAUCGGGAAAGGGUCCUUUGGACAGGUGGCCAAGUGCUUGGAUCACAAAAACAAUGAGUUGGUGGCCCUGAAAAUCAUCAGGAACAAGAAGAGGUUUCACCACCAGGCUCUGGUAGAGCUGAAGAUCCUAGAAGCUCUCAGAAGGAAGGACAAAGACAAUACCUACAAUGUUGUGCACAUGAAGGACUUUUUCUACUUCCGCCAUCACCUCUGUAUCACCUUUGAACUCCUGGGAAUCAACUUGUAUGAGUUGAUGAAGAAUAAUAGCUUUCAAGGCUUCAGUCUGUCGAUAGUUCGGCGUUUCACCCUCUCUGUUUUGAAGUGCUUACAAAUGCUUUAUGUAGAGAAAAUCAUUCAUUGUGAUCUCAAGCCUGAGAAUAUAGUGCUAUACCAAAAGGGCCAAGUCUCAGUUAAAGUUAUUGACUUUGGAUCAAGCUGUUAUGAACACCAGAAAGUAUACAGCUACAUCCAAAGCCGAUUCUACCGAUCCCCAGAGGUGAUUCUGGGUCACCCCUACAACAUGGCCAUUGAUAUGUGGAGCCUGGGAUGCAUCAUGGCAGAGUUGUACACAGGCAACCCUCUGUUUCCUGGGGAGAAUGAAGUGGAGCAGUUGGCCUGCAUCAUGGAGGUGCUGGGCCUGCCACCAGCGCGCUUCAUUCAGACGGCCUCCAGGAGACAGACAUUCUUUGAUUCCAAAGGUUUUCCUAAAAAUAUAACCAACAACAGGGGGAAAAAAAGAUACCCGGACUCCAAGGAUCUCACGAUGGUGCUGAAAACCUACGACACCAGCUUCCUUGACUUUCUCAGAAGGUGUUUGGUAUGGGAACCUUCUCUUCGCAUGACCCCUGACCAGGCCCUCAAGCAUGCUUGGAUUCAUGAGCCACGGAGCCUCAAACCCCGGCCCAGGCCCCAGGCAUUGAGGAAGCCCAGUCUCAGUUUCCCCUUGGAGGGAAAGAAGAACAAGGUUCAGGGGCAUCACCACUUGGGCAAAAAAGAUGAGAUCACCAAAGAAGAGUCUACAGACAAAAUAAGAGAUGUAGCCAGUUUGAAGCCGGUUCAGAACGCAGGUGAUCGGCAGGGCUUUCUGCAGCACAGGGCUGACGGUGUCCAGCUGCCUCAUCUAGCAGAAGCUCCAGGAAAGCCAGAGGCACUUGUUGGGCCAGAGCAGUCCCCAACCUUCGCAGGGGAUCAAAGCAAGAACUCCUCCCCCAAGAACACAAACAUUUUACCACCCAUUGUUUGACCUUGGCUGAGGGUGUGUCCUUUUUCUUGACCUU